AUGCCACCAGGCACAUCAUCCUCCCACCCAGAAAGUAUGAAAGCUUGGCUAUAUGCGCCUACAUCCUCACCACUGGAGGAAACCCUGCAAAAUACCCCAUCCACACCCACCCCACCACCCCCAAGGAACAACGAAGUCCUCAUCCGCGUCCUCAGCGCCGCUCUAAACCCCCUGGACUACAAGUUCCCAUCCAUGGGUCUCCCCUUCCGGCUUCUCCUCGGCAACUCAGUUUCCCCAGGCCUGGACUUCUGUGGUCGAGUAGUCGCCUCAGGCCCACUAGCGCAGCACUUCACGGAAGGCCAGCUCGUGCACGGCGCUCAUCCGUACCCGACGCAGUUCGGCUCUCUGGGCGAGUAUGUCUGUCUUAGCGCUGAGAAUAUCGUCGCUGUGCCGGACGGCGUCAGCGUUGACCAUGCUGCUGCGCUGCCUCUUGCUGGGCUAACGGCGCUGCAGAGUCUGGAGGGGCGGGUUCGAGCUGGGGAGAGGGUGCUUGUAAUUGGGGGGUCUGGGGGGUGUGGGACUUUUGGGAUUCAGAUUGCGAAGGACAUGGGGGCGCAUGUUACUGCUGUUUGUUCGGCGAAAAAUAUGGAGUUGUGUCUGAGGUAUGGGGCGGAUGAGGUGGUUGAUUAUGUUGGGGAAAAGGAUCUUGUGGGGAAGUUGGAGGGGGGGGUCCUGUUUUUGAUCUUGUGGUUGAUUUCGUUGGGGAUGAGAGGCUUUAUUAUGGGUGUCAUCGGUUUUUAA